CUCCUCCGCAGCCCUCUUUCUAGGGCUCCUCUGGGGCAAGGGGCUGAGGACUCCCGGCAUCCCGGAGUCUCUGCGGCCCGAGCCGAAUCUGGACCACUUGGAAGACGCCAGCAGGUAACUGGCCUCACAAAACGUCCCUGAGAAUUAAAGGCCUUGGGAGGCUUGUUAUGUAUUUGUGGUUUUGUAAAUGUGGUACCUUGACAGAAGUUUGGGAAAGCCGCACUCCAUCCACAAAGUUGAGAAGGAGUUGCAAGGAAUAGGCGGGUAUCACACGACCAGAAACUUCGGCUACGGCCCGACCCCACCCCCGAUAUACACGAACACACACACACGCGCGCUUUUAUACGUUUCCAUUGAGAGCCCAGAAAAAAUAUUUAUGUUAAGUACCUGCUCUCAGAGCUCUCUCGGAGCAUUUUAGAUACUGAAAGUUAAGCAGAGAAGGGAAACAACCUAUGAUUCCACCCCCAGCCCUCCAUGUCCCUACUGCUGGAGUCCCCACCACUUGUCAAAGCAGCGCAGGAGGCAGCCUGGGUGCGUGUGCUCACCGCGCGGCGGCGAGCACCGGGACCUGCGGGCACGCGAGCGCGCGGAGACCUAGUCCCUGCAACGCCCCAAUAUGCCGGCGCCCUCGGGUCUGGCGCCUCUGUCAAAACUCGGCGAGGAGCGGUAGAGCGUAAGGGGUGUUCCUGGAAGGCUCAGGUGGCUGCUCCUUGGUGCUGCGCGGGUUCCCGCCGCCUAGGCAGGCGCGGUCCGGAGCGCGCCGACCACUGCAGCGCUCAAGCUUCUGGUUGCUCCCCUUUGCAAGCCUGCGAUCCCGCAGAGCUUAGCCGUGGGACGAGCGGCUGCGCGGCGAGAGAUCGGCGGCCGCGAGCCCGAGCCACGAAGUGGAGGAAGAGCGCAAACGUGCCAGUUCAGAACCCUGCGGCCCGCAAGCCCCUGGGAGUGGCCACCCGCUGCAGCCCAGGGUGCCAUCUACCUGGCCUGGGAGGUGUGUUCCCUACAGACUGCGACUCAGAGCUGGACUUGGGGGAAAAAGAAGUUCAGAAACAAGCAACUCAACGUCUCCAGCUCAUUCGAGAAGCUGCCUACAAGUCAAACUACAAAAGUCAGACAAGUUUUGCUUGCAAUUUACAAGGUAGUUCUGGAAGCCUGGGAAGUGAACAAUUAGAAGAGGACGCCCCAAACACGCUUUUGUUCUGCACUGAUCGCUGGUUGUGCAACGGGCUGAUUAUAGCUUUUCAGCAGCAGUCCCCAGAUAAUUUUUACGAGUCAUUUUUGUGGUCAAAAUAAAACCUACAUUCGACACC